UGUCUGUUUCCAGUCAAUAAAUCUUCAGUCAAUAAUCAACAGUAUGAAGUUAUGAUAACGUGUACCAGUUUGUCUCUAGCACCAGUUUACUAUCAUCUCAGGUGGCUAUUUGGUGUCAUUUACACACUGAGCACUCUACAGUUGGCUCCUAAUCAUGAUGUCAGUCCUUCGUAGAACUCCUCGCUGGGUUUCCUCCUGCUCAACUGAGUUUCAUUUUAGAGAACUACGGAGAUUUUAUUCAUCGGAGGAAAGUAAAAAGUGGAAAGACUUGAUCUUCUCAGGAGUCCAGCCAACUGGUACUUUACACAUUGGAAACUAUUUUGGAGCUGUGAAGAAAUGGGUUGAAUUUCAAAAUGAAGGCAAAAACGGGAUUUACUGUAUCGUCGAUCUUCAUGCAAUAACGGUUCCUAAGAAACCAGAAGAACUGAAAGAAAGCAUCCUCAAAAUGGCUUCCACAUUAAUCGCAUGUGGUAUUGAUCCAUCAAAAAGCAUUCUGUUUCAGCAGUCUCAGGUACCAUACCAUGCUAUGCUUGGUUGGAUAUUCAUUUGCAAUUCAACUAUGUCUAGAUUAGCUCAGCUACCUCACUUCAAGGAAAAAACAGAGGCCCUCCAAGAAAUUCCUGCAGGGCUGUUCGCCUAUCCUACGCUUCAAGCUGCUGACAUUCUCUUGUACAAAGCAACUCAUGUGCCUGUAGGUAACGACCAACUUCAAAACAUUAAUUUAGCCUGUCACCUAGUCAAUCACUUCAACAAAAAAUAUGGGAACACUUUUCCUCGGCCCCAAGCCUUGAUGAUUGAAGGUCUGGGCAGUAGCAUAAAAAGCCUCCGUGAUCCAGCCAAAAAAAUGGCAAAAUCUAGUCCUGAUCCAAAGAGUAAAAUAGACAUCACAGAUUCACCUGAUGAAAUACGAAAAAAGUGUCGCAAAGCUGUCACAGAUUGCACUUCUGAAAUAUUUUAUGAGCCUGCCACAAGACCUGGAGUGUCAAAUAUGAUUCAGAUCCACUCAUCUUGCACUGGCCUUUCAAUUCAAGAAACCUGUGAUAAUUUUGCGAACAAAGACACUUUGGUACUAAAAGAUUCGCUUGCGGACGUUCUAAUAGAAAAAUUAAGUCCCAUACGAGAAGAAAUAGAAAGGUUGCAAAACUCGCCUGAAUACAUUCAUAAAAUUCUGUCCGAAGGUGCUACAAAAGCAAUGACAAUAGCUGAGCCGAAUUGGUUAGAAAUCAAGAAAAAAGUCGGAUUUAGUUAGUCAUGCUCUCAGAGAGGGAUAUAAAAUCCUAAGUCACUCGGAAGGUUAGACAGGCACUUGAGGACAAAUGAAUUUGUUUGUUCCAUAUUCAGCCAUCUCCUUUUUUUCUAAAAUAUUUUUUCUGUCCUUGCCAUUUGAUAAAAAUAAUUAUACUCCUCAUUUUAUCCACUAAAAUAACCUUUUAGAUCUAAAAUGUACUCUCUAAAGAAGGAAAAAAUUCGAAACAUUUAAUGUUUUAAGAGAGAGUGAGGGAAGGUGUUUCUGGAAGAGGUAUUGAAGGUAUUGAACUGUUAGACUCAAUUGUCGAUUCUUUUCAAUCACUUUUAAGUGCUGUCAAAGAUGAAAGUAUUUUGCCCGAGAUAUUCCGAAAAUUUCUCUCAUUUUAAGGAUAUUAUUAAGUUCUCCCAAAAUUAGCGAGUACCGAAAAUUCUCGGACUGUUUUUCCUCUUCUGUCUAGGAAAUUCUUUUUCAUACUCUUGUACAUAUUCAGACUCAGAUCACUAUGCUAAUAAAAAAUUUGGUUUGAUGAGUUUGUGGUGCCUUGCAUCAUCUAUGAACUUCUUACUCUAAACUUAAGGCUGUAACUCCUAUUUAAUUUUAGUGAUGGUGCAAGAAAAGUUGACGUCUGAAGGUCACAAGAGACAUAUUGGCUUUAAAAAAAAAAAAAAAUCUACCAACUUACUAUGUAAAAGAGAUCCUGGGAAACAAAAUUCCCUGAACCAAGGGCAUAACAUCUUUGUAUCACGAUUUUUUUUUCUUUUUUUUUUAAGACUGAUACAUGAAAUUUCGCCUUUGGGAUGAUAGGGCACUUUGGCAGCUGAGUGUCGCAGAGCACCAAAGAGCGCUGUGAAAACGGCUUUUAUGUAUGCACAUGAAAUUUUAAAGUAACUAACAUCAAUACCCCGAUAAUUAUUUACCCAACUUGGUUGAAACUAUAAAUUCAGGACAUUUUGCUCAAGUAAACUGCAGCAGAUUUAGUCGUAAGAAUUUUUGCUUGGAAAAAGUUCAAGUAUGAUAGUUCGUCAUAAAAUUUUGCGGAGGAUAAAAUAAUUCAAUUGUAACUCUCAAAGGAACCAAUAAUUAUCAUUAAAAAAAUGAGGGGUGACUUUUCUGAUUGAAGGUUCAAUAGUGAAUUUUUAUCAAGAAAAUUAAUGUAUUUCAGAAACAUACUGAAAUUAGAUCCAUUUUUGUCAACAUCUUCAUGAGUAAAAUCUCUUCGCUAAUGUUUUCUUGCAAUUUAUUGUAUUGUUAGUCACACAACAGAUGAUAAAACAAGAUAACUUUAUACUCAGUGUCAACACAAUUGGAAGAGGAUUCCUUAAAUUUUCCAGGUUUUCCCGAACAAAAAUGAUAAAAAUCCCAUGACUUUUCUCAACAAUUAUUUGUAUGUGUAGAACUAAAAAUAAACAAUUUUUGGCAUUGGUUUCAUCGCGAGUGAGAAAAACAAGUGAACCUUUUUUCUUCAAGUAUUAAUCAUUCAAUUCACUGAAAUUCAAAUUACUGCAACUUUUUAUUCAUAAACUACAUAUUCGUAAAUUACAUCAGUCUCCAAAAGGAACGGGGGUCACUCAUGUGACUGGUAACAGGAAAUCUACCUCUGUCCUAUGCCAUGCUUCCAAAGGUUUUUUCUCACUCUACUUUAAUUUUAAACCAUAAUUCAAAUUCCAUUAAUACCAUAA